AGCCGUGCCCAUCAUUGCUGCUGCAGAGACACAUGGCAGAGCUUCUGAGUUUGGACAAAGACAUGGCGGCCUCGUUCCUGAACAGCGUCCUGAACCAGCUGAACUGGGCCUUCUCCGAGUUCAUCGGGAUGAUCCAGGAGAUCCAACAGGCUGCAGAACGUCCUGAGAGGAACUUUGUGGACACGCGUCAGCUGAAGGUGUGUGCGACGUGCUUCGACCUGUCCGUCAGCCUGCUACGGGUUCUGGAGAUGACUGUCACUCUGGUCCCAGAGAUCUUCCUGGACUGGUCCCGUCCAUCGGCGGAGCUGCUGCUGAGGCGCCUCGCUCAGCUUCUGAACCAGGUGUUAAACAGAGUCACUGCUGAGAAGAACCUCUUCGAUCGGGUCGUCAACCUGAGACUGCCAG